GAUCAGGCUGUGCUGCGGGCAGCCCGUGACAAGGCCGGGAAGAUGGCGGCCUCCUGGAGGCUAGGCUGUGACCCUCGGGUGCUGCGCUAUCUCUUGGCCUUCGGGGAGUGCCAAAAACUGGGGCUGGUGAAGGGCGCUUCCGGGUGGUCUGUCGGCCGCGGAGUUAGUUGGAGAUGGCUUCACAGCACGCAGCGGCUGCGGGCUGAUCCCAUUAAGAUACUGAUGCCAUCACUGUCUCCUACGAUGGAAGAAGGAAACAUUGUGAAAUGGCUGAAAAAGGAAGGUGAAGCUGUGAGUGCUGGAGAUGCCUUAUGUGAAAUAGAGACUGAUAAAGCUGUGGUUACCUUAGAUGCAAGUGAUGAUGGCAUCUUGGCCAAAAUAGUGGUUGAAGAAGGAUCUAAAAAUAUACAACUAGGUUCACUAAUUGGUUUGCUAGUUGAAGAAGGAGAAGAUUGGAAACAUGUUGAAAUCCCCAAAGAUGUAGGUCCUCCAUCACCAGCUUCAAAACCAUCAGUGCCUUGUCCCCCACCCGAACCACAAAUUUCUCCUGCUGUCAAAAAGGAACACACAUUGGGAAAACUGCAGUUCCGUUUAAGUCCAGCUGCCCGUAAUAUUGUGGAAAAACAUGCCCUGGAUGCUAGCCAGGGCACAGCCACAGGUCCUCGGGGGAUAUUCACUAAAGAGGAUGCUCUCAAACUGUUCCAGUUGAAAGAAACGGGCAAGAUUACCGAAUCCAGACCCACCCCAGCCCCUCCAGCCACUCCCACAGUGCCUCUGCCCGCACAGGCCAUACCUACGCCACCUUAUCCACGGCCAAUGAUCCCACCGCUAUCAACUCCUGGACAACCUAAUGUAGCGGGCACAUUCACUGAGAUCCCUGCUAGCAAUAUUCGAAGAGUUAUUGCCAAGAGGUUAAGUGAAUCUAAGAGUACUGUUCCACAUGCAUAUGCUACUGCUGACUGUGACCUUGGAGCUGUUUUAAAAGCUAGACAAAGUCUGGUCAGAGAUGACAUUAAAGUAUCAGUGAACGAUUUUAUCAUCAAGGCUGCAGCUGUUACCCUUAAACAAAUGCCAGAUGUUAAUGUAAGCUGGGAUGGAGAGGGCCCAAAGCAGCUGCCCUUUAUUGACAUUUCAGUGGCUGUGGCAACAGAUAAAGGUUUAAUUACACCAAUCAUAAAAGAUGCUGCGGCUAAGGGUAUACAGGAAAUUGCUGACUCUGUAAAGGCUCUAUCAAAGAAAGCAAGAGAUGGAAAACUGUUACCUGAAGAAUACCAAGGAGGAUCUUUUAGGUACUUUGGAGGAAAACAUUAAUACUUAGACCCUUUAGUUAUCAUCAGCUCUGUUUUUAAGUGUCACUUAUACACGGUGUAAUAUACUGAGUACAGCAUGAAUGUUUCAAAAAGCGGAGAAACCUGUGUAACCAACCAAAGCAAGAUAUAGACCAUUACCAGCAUCCCAGAAGCUUCCCUUUACCCCUUCCUAAGUAUCGCCCUUGCCAAGGUAACCACUCUUCUGAAAAUCAUCACCAUAGAUUUGUUUUGCUACCUUUUUCUAUAUUCCUUAGUGUCUGACUUCUUUUACUCAAUAUUAAUGUCUGUGAGAUUAACCACAUUGCAGUGUGAAGCAGUUUAUUAUUAUUACAGUAUACAGUAUUUUAUAGUAUAUUGUAUAAGUAUGCCAGUAUCCAUUUUACUGUUGGGCAUUUGUCAUUGUUGACAGUUUGAUGCUAUGACAAAUAAUGGCACCAUAUUAUUAGCAUCUUAUGGUGAAUAUAUUUGUUGUAUAGAUCUGCAAGUGAAAUCCCUGAAUUAAAAGCGUUCAUGGAUAUUGCCAAACAAUUUUCCAAAAUGGUUAUACAAAUUUAUACUUCUAGUAACAGUGUAUGAGAAUUCUCAUUGCUUCAUAUUCUCACCAACACUUAGUAAUGUUAGGUUUUAAAUUGUAACAGUUCUUGGAGUGUGUAGUGGUACUCUUUGUGGUCAGGGAAAUGCAAAGCCUUUUGAGUAUCUGGUAACUUACCAGAUAAAGUACCUGUUGAUGUCUUGUGUCCAUUUUUAAAAAUGAUAUGUGGGUGUUUAUUUUCAAAUACACAGACCUUUAUAGGAUACAUAUUAUUUCAGAUAUCUUUUCCCACUCUGUUCCUUGCCUUUGGAACUUCAUGGUGUUUUUUUAAUGAACACAGUUCUGAAUUUUAAUGAAAUUCUAUUGUUUUUUGUUUUUUGGGUUUUUUUUUACAGCUGGUACUAUUUGUUCUAUGUGGAAUUAUUGCCUAUCCCAGAAUCAUGAUGUUAUUUUUCUGUGCUAUUUUCUAGAAGCUUUAUAACUUUUCACAUGUAGAUCACAAUCCAUCUAAAACUGGAUUUUGUGUGUGGUAUGAAGAUAAAGGUCAAGAUUCUUUUUUUCCCCCUAUGGAUAGUACAUUGACCCAGCAUCACUUAUUGAAAAGCUUACUCCAUAGCACUGAGAAAGUGACUGUGUAUGUGUUUGGUCUGUUCUGUGUUCUGUCUUCAGUUGGCCUGUUUGUCCAUCCCUUGCUCGAUACCACUAAGCAAUAACUUUUGAUAUCUGGUAAGGAAAGUCUUCUAAUUUUGUUCACCCUCAAGAUGGUCUUUCCUGGCUCUUUAUAUUUUCAAAUAAAUUUUAGAAUCAACUUAUCACUUUCCAUAUACAGACACAUAGAUAGGAACCUUGCUGGAGUUUUGUUGUUGUUGUUGUUUGUGUUUUUUGGGUUUUUUUUUUUUUUUAAGAUUUUAUUUAUUUAUUUAUGGAGGGAGAGAGCACAAGUGAGGGGAGGGGCAGAGGGAGAGGGAGAGAGAAUCUCAAGCAGACACCGCACUGAGCGCAGAUGGAUGGCUCGAGAUCCCACGACUCUGAGAUUAUGACCUGAGCCAAAAUCAAGAAACCUUGCUGGAGUUUUGAUUGGGAUUGCAUUAAAUCUUUUGAUCAGUUUGAGGAUUCAGUCUUUACAGCAUUGAGUCUUCCAGGCAGUGAACAUUGUUCAGUUCUUUGGUUCCUAUCAGUUCUGUUUUAUAAUCUUCUAUACAGAGGUCUUGCAUUUUUUUCAUUAGAUGUAUUUCUUAAUAUUUGGUUUUUGCUACUACUAUAAAUGGUAUUGUUUUAAAAUUUCAUUUUUUAACUAUAGCAACCUGUAUAUAGAUAUAAAAUGGAUUUUUAUAUUGACAUUUUUAUCUAGUGACUUAGCUGAAUUAUGAAUCCUACUAGUUUAUAGAGUCUUAAAUUUUCUGUGUACAUUCAGUUCAUCUGCGAAUAUUGACUGUUUUAUUUCUCUUUUUUUCUUUUUCUUUCUUCUUAUAUUUAAUUAUUUCUCUUUCUUGUCAUAAUCCACUGCCAA